AUGAAUUUUUCACAAUCCAACGGCGUGGCCAAUGGUGCCAAUGGUGCCAAUGGUGCCGUACACAGCAACUGGGUUGUACAAAAAUUUGGAGGUACCAGUGUCGGCAAGUUUGCCAGAAACAUCAUCGAGCAGGUGAUUCAACCAAGCCUGGUCGACAACAGAGUUGCUGUAGUAUGCUCCGCCAGAAGCAGUUCCACCAAAACAGAGGGCACCACGAACCGGGGGUCGUUUCCCGUUCCCACGACUCUACCGACCUCUGAUGCAGCCGAACUCUGUCUAACGUCCCUCUUCAAUCGCUGGUCUAGGUUACUACGGGCAGCUCGAGAUGCCGAGAUUCCCGAUUCCCAACAAUAUUUCACGUUUGUCGAAGCCGUUCGCUCAGAGCAUAUUCAGGUGGUGCAGACCGAGAUCGUGUGCCCGGAACUACAGGAGCAGGUCAUUGCCGACAUCAACACGGAAUGCGCAAAGGUGUUGAAGGUGCUCGAGGCCGCACAGACCCUGGGAGAGAUCAGCGCACGAUGCGUGGACAAGGUGAUGAGUGCGGGCGAGAAGUUGAGCUGUCGACUCAUGGCGGCCUUCUUGCAGGACCGGGGAGUCGACUCCCAAUAUGUGGAUCUGGCGGAGGUGAUCGAUUUCCCCAUCGGACCCAAUGGCUUGGACCAGGACUUUUAUAACUCCCUGGCGGCUGCUCUGGGCAAGUUGGUUGCGGAGUGUGAGCACCGAGUCCCCGUGAUCACCGGAUACUUUGGUACCGUCCCCGGUGGCCUGCUGGAUCAGGUCGGCCGUGGCUAUACCGAUCUGUGUGCCGCUCUCGUCGCCGUGGGUACGCACGCCAAGGAAUUGCAGGUGUGGAAGGAAGUGGAUGGAAUCUUCACGGCCGAUCCGCGCAAGGUUCCGACAGCCCGCUUGCUGCCGACCAUCACCCCGGCCGAAGCCGCCGAAUUGACCUUUUACGGAUCCGAGGUCAUUCACCCCUUCACCAUGGAGCAAGUCAUCCGCGCCAAGAUCCCCAUCCGGAUCAAGAACGUGAUGAACCCCAAGAACCGCGGCACGGUGAUCUUCCCGGAUUCCACCGCCGAGUUGGACCGCGACACACCAGGCCACGACCCUCGUCUGUUCCGCACCCGCAGUCCCAGCUUGAUGCAAAAGCCCAAGCGGCCGACGGCGGUGACCAUCAAACACAAGAUCCUCGUGAUCAACGUCCACUCCAACAAGCGGUCCCUGUCACAUGGGUUCUUUGCGGGCAUCUUCUCGAUUCUGGACAAGUGGCGUUUGUCGAUCGACCUGAUCUCGACGAGUGAAGUCCACGUCUCCAUGGCGCUUCACUCGGAGUUGCCCCUGCUGAAUGGAACUGGCCGUGACGAUUACCAAGUCAUUGAUGACUCUCUCAAAGGCGCGUUGAAUGACUUGACCAAAUUUGGCACGGUCGAUAUUAUUCCCGAUAUGGCCAUUCUCAGCCUGGUCGGCAAGCAGAUGAAGAAUAUGAUCGGAGUGGCCGGACGUAUGUUUACCACGUUGGGGGAGAAUCAUGUGAAUAUUGAGAUGAUCUCUCAAGGUGCCAGUGAAAUCAACAUCUCCUGUGUCAUCGAAGAGCGUGACGCCGACCGUGCCUUGAACAUCAUCCAUACUAGUAUGUUCACUUUCCUCGAGUAG